CGCAUAAAACUGGUUCUUCUUAGGUGAAAGGGGCAUUUUUCUUCCGUAAAAAGGCACCUUUUCAGUGCAUUAAAAAGUGUGUGUGUGUGUGUGUGGGGGGUUACUGUGCCCUCUGGCCCCCAGGAUCGCCGCCCCUGCCUGUACUUGUAUAUAGUCGAACUUUGGGCAUACACAUUUUGAAGGUUAGACAACUAUACUGUCGAAUCGACUUUUUAUUGCAUAUAUGGACCGUUUAUACACAAGCUGGAAAGAUAAAGUAAAUGCAUAAAGUGUGAUGAUAGUAAAGAUAAUCAUUUUUAGAACGAACCGUGGGAUCGAAUUGAGUAGUACUUAUCACAAAAGAUCCAUGAAUUUACACACUAUUAAUUAAUUUAGUCUACGGACCUACCGUUCGAUCAGGAGUUACUGUCAGUACACAUAGGUUAACUCAAUACGACCAGACAACGCUUCGUUGUCAUGGAAGCUGUCACCUACAGCGGGAAGGAAGAGGAUGGCAUCAUCGUUAUGGAGGAGCAGAAUGGUGGUGACCACGUCAUGGAAACUCAAAAAGAUGCAAGGAGAAGAGCUGAUCUAAUUCUAAGCAAGAUGGGGAGUAAAAUGGCGUACAAGCUUGGCGACCGACCACCCUGGUAUUCAACAUUAGUCCUCGCAUUCCAACAUUUUAUAUCAAUGUUCGGUGGAUGUCUCACUGUACCAUUUGUAGUUGGACCAGUUCUGUGCAUCGACGGGAACAUCAUGCUCCUCUCCAAGCUCCUAGCAACAGUGUGCUUUCUAUCUGGGAUACAAACAUUCAUCAUGACCACCUUUGGUAUACGGCUACCAAUAGUACAGGGACCAUCGUUUGCUUUUGUCAUACCUAUAAUCUCAAUGAUGAAUGCGCGAGAGGCUUGUCCGGCUCAAGACGGUAAUUCAACAAGUAUUGAGCGAGAAGGGGAGUUUUACAGUCGCAUGCAAGAGGUUCAAGGGGCUCUCUUGGUGUCCUCACUUUUUGAGCUAUUAUUGGGUUUCAGUGGCGUCAUCAGUUUCCUGAUGAAGUUCAUUGGACCUCUAACAAUAACACCAACUGUUACUCUCAUUGGCCUCUCCCUUACGCCGAUUGCAACGAAGAACUGCAGUGUCCACUGGGGAAUCGCCGCAUUCACGAUGUUGAUCAUCAUUAUCUGUUCACAAUACAUUGACCGCUUUAGGGUACCCUGUGUUGGAUUCAGCAAGAGCCAGAAGUGCCAUGUCUUUAGGUAUCCACUCUUUCGGCUCUUUCCAAUCUUCAUCGCUGCAGUUCUUUCAUGGAUUCUGUGUUUUAUACUGACGGUGACCAAUGUUUUCCCAGACGAUCCUAGUUCACCAAACUAUCAAGUUCGUACCGAUGCAAACAGUGAAGGGGUGGCAAACACACCUUGGUUCUAUUUCCCCUACCCAGGCCAGUGGGGAGCACCCUCCGUUACAGCGGGAAGCGUUCUUGGGAUGUGCGCUGCCGCCAUUGCGUCCAUCGUCGAGUCCAUUGGGGAUUAUUACGCAUGCGCAAAGCUUUCUGGGGCUCCAAAUCCACCGGAUCACGCACUGAAUCGAGGGAUCGGUAUUGAGGGUUUUGGAGGUAUUCUUGCGGGACUCUGGGGGUCGGGUGUCAGCAGCACAUCCUAUUCAAGCAAUGUCGGCAUGAUCGGAUUAACAAAAGUAAGCAGUCUCCUGGUCAUUCAAGUGAUGUCCGUGUACCUUGUUUUGAUGGGGAUGCUUCUUAAGUUUGGUGCUGUCUUUGCUACGAUACCUGCGCCAAUCAUCGGUGGAAUACUUGCAGUUACAGUAGGAAUGGUAACAUCAGUGGGUAUUUCAAAUCUUCAGUAUGUGGACAUUAACUCACCAAGAAAUCUUUUCAUCGUUGGUUUUUCUAUUCUGCUGGGAACAAGUCUGCCUGACUUCAUGUCGAAAACUCCAGGUGCUAUCCAGACAGGCUCAAGUACAGUUGAUCAGAUCCUGACAGUCCUUCUUGGUACGAGCAUGUUCAUUGGUGGCUUAACCGGUUUCAUCCUCGACAACACUAUACCAGGUUCUCCUGAAGAGCGUGGCAUAGGACGGAUGCUAACUAUUUUCAGUUCUUCCAGCGACGGCAAGGACGACGAUCAAGUCAUUGAAGACGAUGACGAGCUCAAUGCUGAAGUAUCUCGUCUUGUCAAUCAGAGUUAUGAUUUACCAUUUGGAAUGUCCUACAUCAGACGCUUGGAAUGGACGUCGAAGCUUCCCUUUUGCCCGACAUUUUCUGGUUUUGGCUGCACGUGCACAUCCAAGUAUAGACUCUGGAAGGGAAGAUCCAAGGGAUCCGACAUUCUACAGUAAUAAGAACUUGUGACAUUGCAAAAGGAUUCUGUUCUAUGCUCUAACGCAGGCGCUGUUUUCGGGGAGCUUUGUAGACUAAAGCUCCCCCCAAAAAUGGCUCAAUCCACCCUCAAAAUUUUAGAAUUUUUUUAUAGGAGGGAGGAAGGGGGAGGGGACCAGCUGACUAAUCAGUAUAAGGCUAUCCACAAUAGGCAAUUUUCAUUGUAUUGCAUAAACCAACGACGGAAAUUUAUCAAGUCCCCAGAAGCCCCCCCC